AUGGUCGACGCCCCGGCCGCCGAGAAACGGCAUCGGCCCGGAGGCCCCCCACGGCCCCCACGUCCAGGCAGGUGGUUACAGCGGCCCAGCCGUGCUGCGGAGCGCACUCAGAGCCUAGUGGGAACCCCCGUGGACGCAGGCCUGAAGCUCGAAUGUGACAAGCUGGCCAGUGAAAAAUCAGAGAUGCAGCGUCAUUACGUGAUGGAGGAUUCGGGGUCUGCUCUCCAUUCAGCCGGCCCCCGGGGCCUGGCUGAGUCCGCCUUGCCGGCCUGGCCGCCGGCCCAGGCGGUGGCCGAGGUGCCAAACCACCGGGUUGCAGCCUGGGCCUGCCAGGUCCCCCGGCUGUCCUUGGCAGCAGAGGAGGCGGCUGCUGUGAAAGCCAAGCAGCAGCAGCUCCAGCCGCUGUCUCACCAUGCUCCCCCCGUGCCCCUCACCCCUCGCCCCACUGGCCUGGUGGGUGGCAGUGCCACGGGGCUGCUGGCCCUGUCCGGAGCCCUGGCCGCCCAGGCUCAGCUGGCUGCCGUUGCCAAGGAAGACCGGGCGGGCGUGGAGGCCGAGGGACCCAGAGCGGAGAGAGCUCGGAGCAGGGUAGCGGCAUGGCCAGGGCAAGCUCUUUCCCCCGUGUCCCCCCAGGAGAGUGAUGAAGACAAGAGCGAUUACAACCUGGUGGUGGACGAGGACCAACCCUCGGAGCCCCCCAGCCCAGCUAUCACCCCAUGUGGAAAGGCGCCCAUAUGCGUCCCCGCCCGUCGGGACCUCGUGGACAGUCCGGCCUCUUUGGCCUCCAGCCUCGGCUCCCCGCUCCCCAGAGCCAAGGAGCUUGUCCUGAAUGAUCUUCCCGCCGGCACUCCCGCCCCCAAGUCCUGCGACUCCUCCCCGCCUCAGGACGCGCCCACCCCAGGGCCCAGCUCAGCCAGUCACCUCCGCCAGCUUGCUACGAAGCCAACGCCUGGCACGGACAGUGUCGCCCUGAGGAGCCCCCUGACCCUGUCCAGUCCCUUCACCACGUCCUUCAGCCUGAGCUCCCACAGCGCCCUCAAUGGGGACCUCUCUGUGCCCAGCUCCUACGUUAGCCUCCACCUGCCCCCCCAGGUCAGCGGCUCUGUGGUGUAUGGACGGUCCCCCGUGAACCGGGACAACUACAUCCGUUCCUGCAAGCUGCUGCCGGACGGCCGCAGUCUGAUCGUGGGAGGGGAGGCCAGCACCCUGUCCAUCUGGGACCUGGCGGCGCCCACCCCGCGCAUCAAGGCCGAGCUGACCUCCUCGGCCCCGGCCUGCUACGCCCUGGCCGUCAGCCCCGACGCCAAGGUCUGCUUUUCCUGCUGCAGCGACGGCAACAUCGUGGUCUGGGACCUGCAGAACCAGACCAUGGUCAGGCAGUUCCAGGGCCACACCGAUGGUGCCAGCUGCAUCGACAUCUCCGACUACGGCACUCGGCUCUGGACCGGGGGUCUGGACAACACGGUGCGCUGCUGGGACCUGCGGGAGGGCCGCCAGCUGCAGCAGCACGAUUUCUGCUCUCAGAUCUUCUCCCUGGGCCAUUGCCCCAACCAGGACUGGCUGGCCGUGGGCAUGGAGAGUAGUAACGUGGAGGUCCUGCACGUGCGCAAGCCCGAGAAGUACCAGCUGCACCUUCACGAGAGCUGUGUGCUGGCCCUCAAGUUCGCCUCCUGCGGUUCCAAGGAGUCAUCCUCCGUGCUGAGCUGUGACAUCUCCGGAAAUAACAAGUACAUUGUGACGGGCUCGGGGGACAAGAAGGCCACGGUGUACGAGGUGGUUUACUGA